AUGAGCGUCACCAUCCAUGAGUCGCAGAUGAUGCUCGCAUAUGCCUCGGACCCCAGCGACCGAUCCUCCUUUGCACAUGCCCUCACCACCUCGGACAGGUCACCGCCCCCCAAAGACGCCCGCGACCCGCUGCCCAAUGGCACCCCGCCGGCCAUGAACGGCAAGCUCACCAAUGGCCUGCAUCCCGCCCCGGCGCUGCCAAACGGCCGUCCGACCAAGCCGGCUCCCAUGGACAUGCGCCUCGAGCACCAAGACGCCCACCCCGACAGCCACGCCAAGUCGCCCGACACGCAGCGAAUGUCGAGCGAGCGCCCCAGCAGAGACGACGGCUACUUUGCCUCGGUGCACAGCACAAAGACCAAGGACCGCUUCUACGGCAGCACAACCCACGUCGAAAUGGGCCACCUCGACGCCGUCGACGGCACAAAGGAGGCAAGCAAAGACUUCCACGUCUCCCACGCUCCCACGUCGUCAACGUCGUUGCCCCCGUCCCACCCCGACGACGGCGGCGCGUCCAACCUGCGAGUCCCAACGAACCAAGCCCACCGCGCCUCGUCGCCAGCCGCCUUGACCCAAACCGCCGCCCCCGGCCCUUCACAGCACCCCUACCGUCUGCAGCAGCGCCACACACUCGAGGUGCCCAAGGCGCAAACAUCGCGCCCGCGCGACUCGCAGAACAACACCGACGACGUCGUCAGCGCAAGCGGCCGCUUCUCGCCCAACACACCACACCGACGGAGGGGCUCCAUGUCGCUCGUGCGCAGGACCACACGCUCCAUCAACUCGGACAUGCCGCCCGAGGAGGUGCCCCAGGACGAAGAGGCGGCGCGCUGGGCCGAGCACAUCCGCCAGAAGCGGGCCAGCAAGCGGAAGCGCAAAGAGGACGAGGACGAGGAUCGCGUCGUCGUGGGAACAAAGGUCGACCAGAACCAUGUCAAUUGGGUCACGGCCUACAACAUGUUGACAGGUAUCCGCUUCACCGUCUCGCGAACAAACGCCAAGAUGGACCGAGAACUCACCGACGCCGACUUCGAUGCAAAGCACAAAUUCUCGUUUGACAUGUACGUGCCGGCCGGCUUUCCUCACAAGACGAAGCACCUGCUCGAGUUCAGCUUUACUUCAACUGGCAAUGAGCUCACGCCUUCGGCAAAGUACGACUUCAAGUUCAAGGACUACGCGCCAUGGGUGUUCCGCCAUCUCCGCACCAUCUUCAAGCUCGACCCGGCCGACUAUCUCGUAUCGCUAACCAGCAAGUACAUUCUUUCUGAGCUCGGCUCGCCCGGAAAGAGCGGCAGCUUCUUCUAUUUCUCCCGAGACUACAAGUACAUCAUCAAGACCAUCCACCAUGCCGAGCACAAGUUUCUCCGCAAGAUCCUCAAGGACUACUACACGCACGUCCAAGAGAACCCAAACACGCUUCUUUCCCAGUUUUACGGCCUGCAUCGCGUUAAGAUACCCUACGGACGCAAGAUCCAUUUCGUCGUCAUGAACAACCUGUUUCCCCCGCACAGAGACAUCCACCGCACUUUUGAUUUGAAGGGCUCAACCAUUGGCCGCGAUUUCAAGGAAGAGAACCUCGAGACCAACCCCCGCGCAACGCUCAAGGACCUGAACUGGCUACGCAGAGAUCAGCAUCUCGAGUUGGGGCCGAUUAAGAAGAAGAUGUUCAUUGAGCAGAUGCAAAAAGACGUCAAGCUGCUCCAGCGCCUACACAUUAUGGACUACUCGCUUCUCAUUGGUAUCCACGAUCUGGAAAAGGGCAACGAGGAGAACCUGCGGGACAAGACGCUCAAGGUCUUUUCGCCCGGCGGCGAGGAGGCUCCAGAGCCAGUACCCAACCAGCUCAUGCGCACGCCCUCGAAGCUGGAGAACGCGCGGAAAGCACGUGAGUUGAGGCAGAUGGUCAAGACACAGAAGCCCGUGCCCAUGGGCCAAACGUCAAGCAAGAUGCCGGAUGAGCUAGAAGACCCUAAUCGGAACUUUUACUUUUACUCGGACGAUGGUGGCUUCCGAGCGACUCACGAAGACAACGCCCCUGGCGAAGAGAUAUACUAUCUUGGUAUUAUUGACUGCCUGACACAUUACUCCUUCAUCAAGCGCAUGGAGCACUUCUUCAAGGGCCUUGCUAAUACCGAGUCUCAAAUAUCCGCCAUUCCCCCUGAGCGAUAUGGAGACCGCUUCAUCAAGUUCAUUAGCGCCGUCACAAAGACCAAGGAAGCUGCUGAACGUGAAAAGACCGAGGAAGCUGCCAGCCGCACAAACGAUGUCGCGCUCGAUGGCGUCAGUGCAAACCCCCAGCAACGGCUAUCAACUGAGCGUGUCAUUGAGAAGGCUGAGAACCAGGCUGAGCGGUCACGGCGGCAAGGCCAGAAUGAAGAAGAUGUACCUAAUUUCCAUAUGAGGGCAGUACGUAGCCCAUCUGCAGAGCGAGGGGAGGUGGGCACCACACUUCCGGUUGUUGAGGAAGCUGGCGAGUCGUCGAGCGUUGGUGGACACAGCACCCGCAGUGCCUCGGACAGCGCUGUUGGUACGAGUGAACAAAACGGUGAAUCGGCGACGGCGCAGUCUACAGGUGCAUCAUAUCUUGGACCACCACAACUCCAGAUAAGGGCCAGGUCAAAGUCGAGAGAAGGAGAUCAGUCUGUGGGAAUGGCACCACCAACACCACCAAAGGAAUCUGGGCGUCCUCCUACGCCUCCAAAGGAUGAUUAUAUAUCCAACAGGCAUUCUGGACCUCCCACACCACCAAAGGAAGACAAGAGCAGGGGCAUUCCCAGGUCAUCACUAGACAAGGACCUACCGCGAACCCCUCUGGAGACGACGAUUCGUGUCAACUAAAACUAAAAAAAAAAAGAGAAACACCGGCAGACAGAUGCUUUCUUUCUCUCUUCUUUACACAAAUGUAAUUCACGAUUCCCCCUCCUUUUGUCUUUUUUUUUCUCCAUUGUUUGUUAAAGAGAGAGAGAGAGAAAGUUGAAAGAAAGAAAAACUGGCUUUCCACCCGGGGCAAUACCGAAGUAUCCUUGUCCUCUUUCUUUUUUUUCUUUUUUCUUGCAUAGGACCCUCGUCUCUAUCCCAUCUGUCAAUCAAUCUAUCCAUCUCUUUCUGGUUCUCUCUCUCUAUGUCUGUCUUUCUCUGUCGUAGGAACUGGAAAGAACAAAACUUCUUCUCCUUUUCUUCUCUC